CUAAUCUGGAUUGGACAGAACUUUUCGAUCCUUUCGUGCUGUCGAACGUGACGCGACGGGAGCAUCGUUUUUUAGGUCGCUUGUGGCUUGAUAUCCAACAAUUUGCCACUACAAAAAAGCACGUCGUCUUAUUGCUGCCUCCGUUGAACAGCCGACUGCGAUUUUUAACGCACAAAUUGGUCGAGCUUAAGGAUAGAGUACGGAGUUUCUCAAUAGGAGAAGAAGAAAGCAGAAGGAGCGCCAUCUGUCAUUCACUCAACUGCAAAGACUCAAAUUUGCUUCGUAUAUUACCGUCUGUGACGUCACCACAAAUCAUCCAACAGCCACAGCUGCUAGGGACACACAGCGACGACAGUAGAGCGACUCUAACGGACGGUCUACACGAGAAAAACGGUGGUCUACACGAAUUGUUGAGCACGAACGUUGAUAGUCAUGUGACGAUGGCUGACAGAGAUGUAGACGUUGUUACUAAAGUUCGUGUGACGUGGAAGCAUCUCGUAGAGAUUGCAGACAUGCUGGCGUGUCGGGCGGUCACCGUUGACGACAAGCAACGCGUAGAGAACGAGAACAAGCACGAGACGGCCGAAUGGAGACAUGGUGGAACGGCAUGUGACGACGAUAAGGAAGCGGGAGGAAGCGAUGGGACGAAGAGCGAUGAGAAAUCAAACUCGCCUUGUGACGAUUGGGAGCGUCUGUGGUGUGACGAUGGCAAUUGUUUGGAUGAGAGUGCAAUGGAUGAGUUGACUUCGAGACUGAAUGACACUCACAUAGAAAUUAAGACGAGGAAACCAGAUUAUUACAACAUUGAUGUGCCAAGAGUUGAUGUGGAUGAAGAUGAAUUUGGGCACAUUAUUGAAGUGUACGGAUUUAGUUCAGACAUCAAGACAGAGAACAUUCUGUUUGCGUUCAGCAAAUAUAAAUCAACUUGGAUUGAUAUCAAAUGGAUUGAUGACACAAGCUGCCUUCUUAUUUUCUCCUCAUCUGCUGCAGCAAAACAAGCUCUUGUGUCUCCACCAUCUUUUAUGAAGGUGCGUCCUGCAUCUCAAGGCUCCUUGAACGCACGUGCAAAAGUCAAGCAGAUUCAGAAUAGUGCAAAGCCUGUGGAGCCGAGACCGGAAACGUCGGCUGUGGUUGCUAGGCGACUGGUAUUGGGUUCAUUAGGAAUUCGAAGUUCUAUAGGGAAAGAGAAGAUAGAACGGGAACAGCGACAGUUGAGGGAAGCAAGAGAGCGUAAGAGGGAGAUGAAACGAAAGCAGAAGGAAGCGUGGGGCGACUGAAGCUAAGUGAAUAGUAUAUUGUCCCUAUACAGAGUUGAUCACCCUAUACAAACCUUAAGAUGGACUCCUUUCUAACAUUGAAUUUAAUAUGAUUAGUUUUGUUCAGACAUGUUGUAUCAAACAUUUUUAGUAAGAAAUGUUAACCA